GAAAUGUGACCUUACAGGCACGUGACUUAAACAAUUGCCAAAUCCAUGAUUACCGGCCAGGAACAAAUUUGCUUAAAAUACCAAAAAGAGAAAUUCCAGAUCGUCCAUAUCUGGCAGAAAGGCAAGAUUAG